AAUAUGUUUGCUAAGGUCUUUAUCGUUGCUGCUGUCGUAGCCUGCGUUGCUGCCGCCCCAGGUUACCUGCACGCCGCCCCCAUUGCCGUACCUUUGGCUACAAGCCAUACCUCAAGAAUCGAUAUUCAUAGUAAACCUAUCCUUACUGUUUCUGCUCCUAUCAUCAAGACCGUCGUUGCUGCACCAAUCAUUGUUCCAGCUGCUGUUUCUCAUGCAUCCAGGUAAAACAUAAACAACAUAAUCUGAUAUAAACUAUUUAU